UCUGGACUAAGAAAGACAAUGAGAAAAACCAUGGUCUCUCCUGUUCUGGCAUUUUAAAUUUAUCCAUUAUUCAAGCCAUAAAGGUCCACCUUUUUCACACACCACUUUUUGAAAUCCGGUUCCAUGUCUCUCCAGCUAUUAUAGUCUCCCUCCAUCCUCUCUCUCUCUCUCUCUCUCUCUCAUCAUACUAUUAUACUAGUAUAUAUAAACAUCAAGAGGUGACAUACAACACACAGAAAGCAUGGGCAGAGCUCCUUGUUGUGACAAAGCCAACGUCAAGAGAGGGCCAUGGUCGCCGGAGGAAGAUGCCAAGCUCAAAUCUUACAUCGACGAGCACGGCACCGGCGGCAACUGGAUUGCCUUACCCCAAAAGAUAGGCCUUAAGAGAUGCGGGAAAAGCUGUCGGCUCAGAUGGUUGAAUUAUCUCCGGCCGAAUAUCAAACAUGGAGGGUUUUCGGAGGAAGAAGAUAACAUAAUUUGCAGCCUCUAUCUAAGUAUUGGUAGCAGGUGGUCUAUCAUUGCAGCACAAUUACCGGGACGUACGGAUAAUGACAUCAAGAACUACUGGAACACGAGGUUAAAGAGAAAGCUUAUGGGAAGGCAACGGAAAGAACAACAGGCACGGCGAGCGAGUAGUAAUCUCCAGAAAGAGAUGAAGAGGGAGGUCGAGACUUUCAUGGUUUCUCAUGAUGCCAUGAUGAUUAACCAAAUCCCCUACUGGCCAGAGCCACCAACGCUGACGCCCGUGACGCACUCGGCCGUGAAUUUCACCCUCGAGGAUCAUCUCAAGGACCAAGAAUCACUAAAGAAACUUCUUGUCAAUCUAGGAGGAAGGUUCGCCGACAGCGACGAUCCGAAGCCAGGCAACAAAUUGAUCAUCAGCCCUAAUUUCCAAGACCCUUGUGAUGAUAUUUCAACCUCCCAAGAACAAAUAUAUGACUACUCUAUGAUCAAUUCAUUUGCAUCUUCAACCCCCAUGUUUCAAGAAUUCAACAAUUACCCAAUUGAGCUGAACGAAUAUACUUGCAAUACAACACAGCAAGUAGAUGGAAUGGUGAGUUUUUCAGGAGUGGAGAUAGAAAAUGGUGGUUCUGGAGAAAGUACAAAUUGGGGGGACAUAAAGUAUCUGGGGUACCCUCCUAUGGUCUCCAAUUGUGAAGAUUUCCAGAAAAGGGCAGUACAAGAAUAUUGCACAUUGGAUGAGUCCAGGUACUUUGGGAUACAAUAAUAGCAACUUUUGAUGGUGGUGUACAUUAAUGGAGUAAUUUAUAAUGCUGGCUAGAGAAUUCUCUGUUUUUGGUGUUUCAGCUGAAACCCUAAUAUUGAUCUUGAAAAUUGAGGGAUUUGCAUCUCAUCUUUUCUUUUCUUUCUUUCUUUCUUUCUUUCUUUCUUUUUUUUUUCUUUCUGUAUUUCACUUUAUUCGGACAAGUGAAAUUUGUAAUAUUUGCUUGAUUUAUUUAUAAGUAGUUCAACGUUGAUCAA